AAACGUCGACUCAUAUGAUUUUUCUCUAGAUCUUGGUCAUGAGAGGAUGUGACGUCCAUGUCCAUUACACUGAUGUUAUAGUGUUAGUAAAACAUUGUAAACACAAUAUUUGAUGUUGAGAUUACUUAUUUAAAACAGUGUACGGGAAUCAUCAUUGUUUUAUACUGCAAUGCUCACUGAACAAAUUUUUCAAAUGACAUGUACUGCCACAAAGUUGUAUCAAUGGAUGUCGUCAUGUCAAUAGACAAUGAAACUAUGUAAUCUGAGGAAUUAUAUACAACUUUGAAAAAAUUUGCCCACGUGUAAUAAUGACCCGUUUGAGAUCAAAUAGUCCACAUUACAGAAACAAAGCAUGACAUAAACUAUUUCAACACGUUUACACCGGGGAGCCAUGAAGUUAUGGCAAUUAAGUUAGAAUAUCUUAACUCUUUUAUUUCUGGAGGUUGUUGAAAGCGUUGAGGCAAAUUAAAUGAUGAGAUUCAUGUAACUUUUGGAUGACCCCUUCAUGACAAAGACUGUCCCUCUCAAUUGUCUCCAUGGCUUUAUGCUCAUUCUUCUUGUGGCAAGGCAGGGUUUGUAUCUUUUGUUUGUUUAUCUGUCAAACCUGGCUAUAGUUUAAUUAAAUAUUGUAGAACAUUAAACAUAUUAACCACAUUGUUGUAUAACAUCUGAAUGUAUAGACUAUCCACCGCUAAUUCUAUUCAGAUAAUAUGGUAUUAGCCUAUCUUAAUAAUAUUGAGAACUUGUCAUUCCAAUAAAUUACCAAUUAAAUGCUUCUGAAUUGUAAUUUUGUUCAUGUUGUAAACCUGCUCUUUGCAACCAGUUGUAUUAGAUUACUGAGCUGUGUUGUGAAGUUAGCGAAAAUUACUGUUAGGUGUGUAUUUAUCCGUCUCUGGACUACCUUCAUCUCCAUUGGCCAAUUCAGUCACAUGGCUCCCUAACUUUAUUCAGUUGAUAGCAAGUAGGAGGGCUUUAUGGAGGGAGGAAAAAAAGACAACUCGAGAAAAAUUAGUAUUUUCUACCUUCAGAAAUUAAUGGCCAUGAGUUCGUAUUUGGUGAACUCUAAGUAUGUGGAUCCAAAAUUUCCUCCGUGUGAGGAAUAUUCACAGAAUAGCUAUAUACCUGACCAGGGCUCGGGCUACUACAGUCCAUCGCAGGACACAGACUUCCAGCAUCCAGGAAUCUAUCCACGGCCAAACUACACAGAGCAGCCCUUCGGGUGUACCACGGUGCAGGACUCAACAGUGCAGCCACGGGGUCAUGUACAGGAGAGAACCAGCCAUCCAAGCCCUUUCACCGACCAGACCACGCAGAGUGCCCCGGCCCAAAUGGCUGGUCCCAGGACUUGUGGACAGCAACAAAACACAAAGAACCAAAACGGGAUACAAGCCAAGCAGCCUGCAGUAGUUUACCCUUGGAUGAAGAAAGUCCACGUUACUACUGUGAAUACGGAUUACACUGGUCCUGAGCCCAAACGAUCAAGGACAGCUUACACAAGACAGCAAGUUUUGGAAUUGGAAAAGGAAUUUCAUUUUAACAGGUAUUUGACCAGAAGACGGCGGAUAGAGAUUGCCCACACACUCUGUCUCUCCGAGCGACAGAUCAAAAUCUGGUUUCAAAACAGAAGAAUGAAAUGGAAAAAAGACCAUAAACUACCUAAUACAAAGGGGAGAUCAGCAUCAUCCUCCAACCAACAUUUACAAAGUAUUCAGAAGGAAAUUCAGACUGAUAUUACAACUUUAUGAAUAAGAUGGAAACUUCUAACUCUUUUACUAGUGAAAUGUACAUAAAGGACAACGCUGUAUCUUAUUUGACUUUGCAUGUCUCAAAUUGUGGCAUUUUGGUAAUCUCUAUUUAACAUGAAAGAGUCACCCAACCGUAUACCUAUAUUCAGUUGGAUUCUCGGAUGUGUUGACCCAUUAUUGUCCAAAUCAACCAUUAUUACUGUUGAGUACAAAGGACGAGUUUUAGAUUCAAGGACAGUGAAUCGAACGAAAACGUUUCCUUUUGGAUAGCUGCACAUGGAAGACAUUUUAUGACAAUCCUCCGCUGAAGCUGGAGGAUGUAGUUCAUUUUCCACCCUGUCGUGCAUUCACCACAGUUAAAACACGACCUGAAAUGUCAUGCCAAAUGGGGAAGAGGUAAUAUCAGGUGAGCUUUUUGAACAAAUUGAGUUGGAAAGAUAUUGUCGCGUAAGCCAUUAGAAACUACAUAAAUGUGUUGCACAAUGUAGCCUAGUUAAAUGUGAAAUUAGACAACAUCCAUAGACACAUUCGUUGCCUAUAUCAAUAUCAAUAAAUUAAUUUGCCAAACCAACUAGAAAUAUUCAAUUCAGUGUUUUUUAGAAGAUGCAAUGGGACAUCAAAUUGUGGACGCAAAUAGGCCUAAAGUUUAAUACAAUAAACUUGUAUAACCCGCAUAAUUGUAAUCUUAAAUUAAGACAUUCCCGUUAGUUAACAGUUCUGAGUGCCCCUAUGGUUAUAAAUCUCCCUUGACAUCCUUGUAAACAAUGUACAUUUUAAAAGGCUCUCCCAUGGCAUCCGAAAAUCUUACAAGUCCUCUUGUUCCUGCAUGGUAACAAAUUGAUAUGUGUUAGUUGUGAUUCGUUAGUUUUGGAACAGUAAUCAAAUAAAACAGAAAUAAAACUAGAAUUUGAGAAAAGGUGAUGUUUUCCCCAAUGUAGUGUUUACAUUUCAUUAUUAUUAUUUAUUUAAAUAUAUUUGUACAUUUAUUGUACACAACAGUUUUAAACAUAUGUGAUGAACAUUUAUUUUAGGCUAAAAUACGUUUAAAACUGUUGUGAAUUAUGAGCAUGGUUAAAUUUGUAUGCAAGGUAAAAUAGUUUAGUAAAUAGGCCUAAGCUUAGCUGCUAAAAUCUAACCAUAGCCAUCCAUUUACACACAACAAACCCGAGGCAUUCAUGUCAUGUUUUAAGACAGAUAUUCUUGUAUUAUUCCUAUCAUUGUCCUCCUGACAAAAAGCAAAGAGCUCACACAUUGCGAAGACGUCUUCUCUCUGAAGUCUUCACGAUGAGGAGUUGAAAAGGUAUUUCAACUGAAGUUCGACAAAGCUUCAGCUGCAGGUUCAUCCAGAGGACACUGUCUCUAUCCCUUAGACAGAUUUCAGCCGCGAGGACUGACCUCUAAACCCUUGACCCGCCGGACCUACAGCCAUUCAGGAGCUAUUCGCAUUGAGUUUCAUUUAAGGACUUUCCCCAACUAGUUUGAGACGCAAUAGACUAUUGAAUGCUUGUAUACCAUGGUUAAACUUAUGUUAUUUUAAAGGCCAAUAUUUAUUCAACCAGAUGCACCCCAAAAGUUUAUGUAUUUGUGUGUCACUAUGUUAAUAUGCAAUAUCUCUGAUUUUAUUUUUGUACACACUUUUUAUCUUGUAUCGUGCAUCCAGUUGUUGUUUGGAAAGUUUAUUGGAAAAAUAAAGAUUUUUACUUGAUAUGCA